AUGUCUGCAGCCCCAAUCCCCAGCGCGGAUCUAUUCUCAAUACCUAAAGUCCCGAAACUACGAUCCUCUUGUGAGGGCUGUGGCGGCGCCAAGGUCAGGUGUGAUCGUAGUCAGCCUGAGUGCGGUCGCUGCAUUGCACUCGGUCUGACCUGUGUCUAUGGGAUAUCGCGGAAAUUUGGAAAAGCACCGCGAAAGAGACUUGGUUCUGGUGCCCACCCUGACACAGCCAACAGCUUCUCGCACAAGAAACGUGCAACAUUGACUGCCAAAAGCCGCGAGAUUUUUACAACCACGGGAUCCGAGCCCUUGGAAGGUGUCAACAAAUCAGCACAGCUCGAUUCCUCUGAUCCAGCGACCAACAUCCUUUCAAGGCCUUCCAACGAUGCUGGAAGCACUGAGAGUCUCGAUAGUCGUAGCACCAUGGGUGUAAGAGAAUCCCACAAUGCCAACAAAUCUGCACAGCUGAACCCCCUGGGCCAAUUGAUUGACAACCUCCCAGUGUCUUCCAGCUUCAACCCUACUCCGAGCAUCUACGAAUACGGUCAGCUUGGAUCACCUUUUGUCACUCCAUUUUCGCUCGGUGAAUGGCCUCAAUUUGACGAUUGGGAGCCCGGUCUAGAGUUUCCAUCCACAGUAGAGGACUCCGGCGUAGGUAGUCGGCCCUCAGCUUCCGGAUUUUCGCCUACCAGCAAUUUGAAUACGAGCUCUGAUAGCUCUGACUCUCAUAGCUGCCCUCGGGGUUCAUACGAGCUUUUCCGAGACUUGAUCUGUCCUAGCCCUUCCCUUCACGCGCCGGAAGCAAAUUCAGAUAUGGUCUCGGCGCGACUAGAUCUGGUGCUCCAUUUCAACAGGAAUGCCAUGGAUCGUCUCAGCCGGCUUCUGAAGUGUCCAUGUGCCAAAUCAGGGCAUCGGGUCAUGGUCCAUGCAUCAAUUGUUUCCCGUAUUCUCAUUUGGUACCAGCAGGCGGCUGGUUGGACUGGAAGCAGUUCCUGGGGGGUUCAGCCCUCUGGAUUGGCCUCCUUAUCACCAUCGAGUGGUGUGUCUUCUCCUUCGCCGCCGCCAUCUGGGCCGAUAACCGACAACAGUAUAGCAUGUCCUCCUUCUCUGGCUCAAUCCACCGGUUUUGCCGUUGCACAGGUGCCUGUUUCGAUGGGAACCUUCAACGUUGAGGACCAGGAUUUGCAGGCCGCUUUUCGAAAUCAGCUGGUGUUGAGCGAGCUCAAAAAGACAGCCAACUUGAUUGACCUCUUUAUAUGCCAGGGCUCCGGCGAAUCAUCUGCCAAUGGCGUGGCCAGUCUAUACUCGCACUUAGGAGUAUGGCUCCAAAGCGAGCAUUCAAGGACUGUAGGGUUAUUGAGGGCUAGACUCAGUGCAUUGAAUGAAGCCUUGGAAUCUUAA